GGUUUUGGCAGAAGCGAAGCAGAAGUAUGAGGAAAGCCAGGCUGAGCUGGAGGGGGCUCAGAAAGAGGCCCGUUCUCUCAGCACUGAGCUCUUCAAGAUGAAGAACUCAUAUGAAGAAGCUCUGGACCAACUGGAGACAUUGAAGAGAGAGAACAAGAACCUGCAGCAGGAGAUUUCUGACCUAACCGAACAGAUCGGAGAGACUGGAAAGACCGUUCAUGAGCUGGAGAAGGCAAAGAAGACUGUGGAGACUGAGAAAGCAGAAAUCCAGGCUGCCCUUGAAGAAGCAGAGGGAACUCUGGAGCAUGAAGAGUCCAAGAUCCUCCGGGUCCAGCUUGAGCUCAGUCAGGUCAAGGGUGAAAUUGACAGGAAGCUGGCAGAGAAAGAUGAGGAGACAGAGCAGAUCAAGAGAAACAGCCAGAGGGUGGUCGAGUCCAUGCAGUCCACACUUGAUGCUGAGGUGAGAAGCAGGAACGAUGCUCUGAGAGUCAAGAAGAAGAUGGAGGGAGACCUCAAUGAGAUGGAGAUUCAGCUAAGCCAUGCCAACCGCCAGGCAGCUGAAGCUCAGAAGCAACUGAGGAAUGUCCAAGGACAGCUCAAGGAUGCCCAAUUGCACCUUGAUGAUGCGGUCAGAGGUCAGGAGGACCUGAAGGAGCAGGCUGCCAUGGUGGAGCGCAGGAACACACUGAUGCUGGCUGAGAUUGAGGAGCUCAGGGCUGCUCUGGAGCAGACAGAGAGAGGCCGCAAAGUGGCAGAGCAGGAGCUGGUGGAUGCCAGUGAGCGCGUGGGUCUGCUGCACUCCCAGAAUACCAGCCUUUUGAACACCAAGAAGAAACUGGAAGCUGAUUUUCUUCAGAUUCAAAGUGAAGUGGAUGACACUGUCCAGGAAGCAAGAAAUGCUGAGGAGAAAGCCAAGAAGGCCAUCACAGAUGCUGCCAUGAUGGCAGAAGAGCUGAAGAAGGAGCAGGACACCAGCGCUCAUCUGGAGAGGAUGAAGAAGAACCUGGAGGUUACAGUCAAGGACCUGCAGCACCGUCUGGAUGAGGCUGAGAGUCUGGCCAUGAAGGGCGGAAAGAAACAGCUCCAGAAACUGGAAGCAAGGGUACGUGAGCUGGAAGGUGAAGUUGAGGCUGAACAGAAACGUGGAGCCGAUUCGGUCAAAGGUGUCCGUAAAUAUGAGAGGAAAGUCAAGGAGCUCACCUACCAGACUGAAGAGGACAAGAAGAAUGUCCACAGACUGCAGGACCUGGUGGACAAGCUGCAGCUGAAAGUGAAGGCCUACAAGAGGCAGGCUGAGGAAGCUGAGGAACAAGCCAACACUCACCUGUCCAGGUUCAGAAAGGUGCAGCAUGAGCUGGAGGAAGCUCAGGAGCGUGCCGACAUCGCUGAGUCCCAGGUCAACAAGCUGAGAGCCAAGACCCGUGAUGCUGGCAAGGGGAAUGAAGUCGCAGAAUGAGAGAUGUAACACAGAUGAAACGCAGUAGCAAGCAUUCAUAUAAUAUGGACUUCUUGUGAAAUGUUCUCAUGUAAGCCAUCAGUCAAUAAAGCCAGUUCAGUCUGUC